GUGCGGUCCCUUGUUCUCUCUUUUUUGUGACUGUCAACUUCUCGUCAAUUGGUGAUGUGCUAAUAGUACAAAUGUAGUGAAGAAAUCGCUUCCUUUCCCAAAUGAUUCUUGAAAUAGAGCAGGUGAAAAUUAGUGAUAAUUAUGCCCAAGUCGAUAGUGGGGCUUUUUUCAUCCUGAGUAGAGUGGAGGUGAGUGAGACGUAAAAUCUGAUUGACACUCGACUCAGAAGCCACGCUGCUCUCUCGCAAGAAUACUGCCUCUAUCUAGAAGUGUCUUAAUAUUUUGUUUGCUUCGAAGCGCUCCUGGUCACGCGUUCGAGUGGUGCCACGGUUUGAUCGGAUACUAGAUUUUUUUGGUUUUAUUUAUUUGAUCAUCCUCCCUGCCUUCUUGGCCAGUACUCCUUCCUGUUGUUCUAUUGGUAACUGUUGUGGUGGGCAUUUACGUUGUAGAGGCAACAUUAGCUUCCAUAGUAUGCACGCGUCUAGUGCUACUAAUUGUAGGAAGUAGUUGUUAUAACGUCUUAUGUAAGUACUUCUACAUUGAGCUAUACGAAUGAGACUAGUUGUACCAGUGAAAGGUCACAGCGUAGUCCUAACAAAAAACUAGAUAUUUAUUGAUACAUGUUGAGCCGAAAUUGACAAGAUGGAGGGUGCAGCACCGCCUCUUCCCGACAAUCGCGCCUUGCUCAUCAAAUUGAAGUUUUCCAACUUGGUUACCGGUGAACAGAUUGAAGA